UGGUCUUACAAAUUAGUAUUCAAACUAUAGAAGAUUAAUAAUAAAGGGUCAAAGAAGAAUUUAAGUGACAUAGAAAAAUUUUAAUUGCUUACGAGAAUGGAGCCACGCCUUGUGGCAAUAUUUUUUGUGGCUUUUUUAUUUCCAACCUUUGUUCAAUCCUUGGUGCGUCAUUAUAAUUUUAAUGUGGUACUGAAGAAUUCAACAAAGCUUUGCUCAACAAAAUCAUUUGUGACUGUCAAUGGAAAAUUCCCAGGGCCAACUAUCUAUGCAAGGGAAGAUGACAAUGUAAUAGUAAGGGUCACUAACCAUGUUAAACACAAUGUUACAAUCCACUGGCAUGGAAUCAAACAGCUUAGGACAUGCUGGUCUGAUGGGCCAGCAUAUAUCACACAAUGCCCUAUUCAAACAGGACAAAGCUUUGUUUACAACUUUACAAUCACAGGACAAAGAGGCACACUUCUUUGGCAUGCUCAUAUCACUUGGCUUAGAGCCACAAUGCAUGGUGCCAUUGUCAUUUUGCCUAAAAGAGAUAUUCCUUAUCCAUUUCCUAAACCUGAUAAAGAAAAGAUCAUCAUUCUAGGUGAAUGGUGGAAAUCAGAUGUUGAAGCUGUGGUUAAUCAGGCUACAAAUUCUGGUCUGCCACCAAAUAUUUCAGAUGCUCAUACCAUCAAUGGUCACCCCGGAUCGGUUCCCGGUUGCAUGUCUCAAGGUUACACUCUACAUGUAGAACGCGGAAAGACCUAUCUUCUACGCAUUAUAAACGCCGCAUUAAACGACGAACUAUUCUUCAAAAUUGCAGGACACAAACUAACAGUUGUUGAAGCAGAUGCAUCUUACAUUAAACCUUUUGAGACAGACACAAUAUUUCUAAGUCCAGGACAAACCACAAAUGUUCUUUUAACAACAAACCAAAGUGUUGGCAAAUACUUAAUAGCAACAACUCCUUUCAUGGAUGCACCAAUUGGUUUUGACAAUGUUACUUCAAUUGCUACACUUCACUACAAAGGAACACAACCUGAUACUAAAACAAUUUUAACAAACAUUCCUCCACUGAAUGCAACAACAUUAACAAAAACAUUCACUGAUUCUCUUAAAAGCCUUAAUUCAAAACAAUAUCCUACAAAAGUUCCAUUAAAAAUUGACCAAUCUCUUUUAUUUGCUAUAACUGUUGGCAUUGAUCCAUGUGAUACAUGUACUAGUGGAAACAAGCUUGUUUCUGCUAUUAAUAAUGUCACAUUUUUAAUGCCUACUAUAUCACUUCUUCAAGCACAUUACUAUAACAUAAAAGGUGUUUUCACUGAUGAUUUUCCUGCGAAUCCACCGUUGGUUUUCGAUUAUACCGGGGCUGAUCAACCGGAUAAUCUUCAUACCGAAAACGGUACAAGAGUUUAUAGAUUGAAUUUUAAUUCAAGUGUUGAGAUUGUUCUACAAGGCACUGCAAUGAUAGCACCAGAAAAUCACCCAUUUCAUUUGCAUGGUUAUAAUUUCUUUGUUGUUGGACAAGGUUUAGGGAAUUUUGAUCAUGAUAAGGAUCCAUUAAGGUUUAAUCUUGUUGACCCAGUUGAAAGAAACACAUUGUCUGUGCCAAAUGCUGGAUGGAUUGCUAUCAGAUUCAGAGCAGACAACCCAGGUGUUUGGUUCCUACAUUGCCAUUUAGAAGUACACACCACAUGGGGGCUAAAGAUGGCAUUCAUAGUAGACAAUGGGAGAGGACCCAAUGAGUCUAAACUUCCACCACCAAAUGACCUUCCAAUGUGCUAGAGUCUGUUGCAGAAAGAAUGAUAAUUUGGAAACAACAAAGAGAGUGUAAAGUAUAUUAGUAGAGAGGUGAUUUCAGGGCAUCAUGGAGAGAGACAUCAAAUUCUUUGUGGACAUUUUGGAUUUGUAGCUGAAAUGAAUACAAAAUUUGCUGAUAUAGCAAUUCAAACAAUUUGAUUCCUCCUUUGUAUUUCAAGUUUAGGAUAAAAUGUAAAUGUGUGUAAACUCAUUUUGAUUUGAAGAUUAUAAUAAAAUAAAACGCGCCAGGUAGGGGUCGAACCUACGACCUUCUGCUUAGGAAACAGACGCUCUAUCCACUGAGCUACAGGCGCUCAAUUGAUAGUUUAACCCCUCAUUACGUAAUUCAUAUAUCUUUAUUUUCA